UGGAUCCAUCAGCCUUGGCUCAAGAAUAUGCCUGGAUUUACCUACCUCUAUUGAAGUCCUGGUUGUCAGCAGCCCACCCCCCCCAGGCCGGGGCUCCCCAUCCUGCACCCUGGACUCAUCAGUAAAUGGGGGAUCUGAAGAGUGGAGCAUGGGGUAGAGGGGUGUCAGAGGUAGGUCCCCUUGCCCCCAGGCCAAGACCCCAUUACAGGGGUAGCAGGUCCGUCGCUACCCGUCCGUGCCUUGCCCUGCUAAUACCCACGUCUCUACUCUUCUCCGUCCCCGAGGCAGCUCCGCUCCUGGCACCAAAGGGUUAAAUCUGCCUGCACCCGCCAGCCAAUCCCUGCGCGCAGCGCCUUCGCGGUGUCACCUGAUUGGCGGAUACACAGGGUGGGCGGGAAGGGAGGAGGACCGGGGACGCCCCCAUCUGCCCUGGGAUGCUCUUAAAAGGCUGUGGCGGUGGCAGCCAGGCUGCGCGUCCCGGCUUACCUUGGCCAUGAGCAACGCGGCCCGCCCGGACCCAGUGGAGGCGCCCGAGGAGCGGCGUUUCCUCAGCACUGCAGAGGCGGCAGCCCUGGAGCGGGAGCUGCUGGAAGAUUAUCGCUUUGGGCGGCAGCAGCUGGUGGAGUUGUGUGGCCAUGCUAGUGCUGUGGCUGUGACCAAGGUGUUCCCCUUGCCAACUCUCUCCCGGAAGCAGAGGACAGUGCUGGUCGUGUGUGGCCCGGAGCAGAACGGGGCGGUGGGGCUGGUCUGUGCCCGGCACCUGCGGGUGUUUGAGUAUGAACCGACCAUCUUCUACCCUACACGCUCACUAGACCUGCUGCACCGGGACCUGACUACCCAGUGCGAGAAAAUGGACAUCCCCUUCCUGUCCUAUUUGCCCACAGAGGUCCAGCUCAUCAACGAUGCCUAUGGGCUGGUGGUGGAUGCCGUGCUGGGCCCUGGUGUGGAGCCGGGAGAGAUCGGAGGCCCCUGCACUCGUGCGCUGGCCACACUCAAGCUGCUGUCCAUCCCCCUUGUGAGCCUGGACAUUCCUUCAGGCUGGGACGCCGAGACCGGCGGCGGCGACGCCGAGGACGGGCUCCGACCGGACGUGCUGGUAUCGCUCGCUGCGCCCAAGCGCUGCGCCGGCCGCUUCUCCGGCCGCCACCACUUCGUGGCCGGCAGAUUCGUGCCCGACGACGUGCGCCGAAAGUUCGCUCUACGCCUGCCAGGAUACACGGGCACCGACUGCGUCGCGGCGCUCUGACCGCCACCCGCGUCCCCGCGGCUUGGACCCCCGCCAAUAAACAGACGUCCCCCCACCA